AUGCCGGAAACGAAGCCUGAUGCGCGAAGAUUUACCGUCAGGCAACGUGCGACAAAAAACAAGGGAAAGUUCCACCAGCUGUCAAACGACGCCGAAACUACUCUACCACUGGCUCGUCUACCUGAACAAGGGCUUCUCGAAAUUGUUGUGCCCGGGAAGGACAAUGAGGGAAAUUCAGCGCCGAUAGCGCAAGCCUCUACCGCAUCGGAGGCCAAAUCCGGCGAAAAUCUGGAUCAGUCUAUAAAUUAUGCUUCGGAAAAACCUGUCGCUGAAGCAACAAAAACAAAAGUGACGUCUCGCGAACUACAAUAUUACAUCCGAGAUCGGUUGCCGCUGGAAGAAUCAGAAAGCCGUUGCUUUGUCUGUCGUGACGGGACAUCUGAAGAUCGGCCGCUGAUCCGUUGCUCGAAAAGGAAAUCUUGUAUGACGCAUUUUCACGAGGAUUGCUUGCAAAACUAUAACGGCGGUGGAUUCCAGCCGGAUUACAUCUUCUGCAUGAACAAGGAUAAACCUUGCUGCCCGCUACAUCACUGUCACGCCUGUUUCGCCGAAGGGCGUAAAACUUCCGCGAUAACCUCGGAUAACGACGCCUACGUACAAUGUACAAAGUGUUACAUCGCCUUCCACGACUGUUGCAUCCCUUCCGGCUACGAGUUGACCCCGGAAUUGGCCAGAAAAUACGACGUCGAUAUCCCGCCCAGUAAACUUGAUAGAUACUGCAUUUGCCCCCGUCAUGCAUCCCCGGAAGCCAGGAAAAUAAUCAAAAUGCCUGCACUCAGCUCUUAUUAUCGAGAAUGCUUUGAAUGCUUUGGUGAAAAAAGCGAUUUGGAGAUGGACGCGAAGCUCUAUCAUUGUAGCCGAUGUCUUCGAAGAUUCCACGCCGAAUGCUAUCGAUUUCGUGAUACAGAGCCACCAACCGAGCAAGUCGUGUGUGAAGCAUGUGUGCUUGGUGAAUUUCAUCGAGUUGGCGACUAUGUAAUGACGUAUUUUGGUGGAGAGUGGUUUUUCGCGGAAGUUGUCCAUCCCUCACGCUUUCCAGCACGAAAAGCCCCGUUUUCGACGUGGAACGGGCAUCCCGGCUUUGUGACUGUCAGAUGGUGUGGCUAUGGGGAUCUUUACUCAGUGACGCCCGCGGAAUAUUGCCUCUGGCUACCCGACCAUAUCCAAUUUGAGCCGAAGAUUGAAAGGAAAGAAAAACACGAAGAGCGGAAGAUUCCCGAGUUUCGAAAGAUUUUGAACACCGCAGUGCACGAGAGGUUGACCUAUCAGCCGAUCGAGACAUCUGUGUAUUUCAACUCUCGUUCACAAAGCGCGCGAACCAUCGAGGAUUGGGAAUGCGGCUGUGAGGUCGGACCCGGCGGCUUCAAGUGCGGCCCUAACGAUAGCUGCACGAAUCGCGCAACGGAUCAGGAGUGCACCUCGGCUUGCGGUGACCUGUGCCAGAAUCGGCAAUUGGCAAAACGUGACUACUGCGGUGACGUCGAGGUUCGAUUGACGGAGGAGAAGGGAAAAGGACUUUUCGCCACCAAGGACAUUCCUGCGGGAACUUUCAUUGGUGAAUAUGCUGGCGAGCUGAUCUCGGACCCGGAGGAAAUACAGAAUCGGCAAGAGCACCUGUACCGUUUCCACAACGCCGAGGACGCUCACUACAUGAUGCAGCUCGAAAAAGGGCGAAUCGUCGACGCACGCUUCAAGGCCAAUUUAUCGAGGUUUAUAAACCAUUCGUGCCGCCCGAAUUGUUUGGUCGGGCUAAAGUUGGUCGAGCUGACGGCCAAAAACCCGAAAAAGGAGAAGAAGGAGACGAAAAAGGAAAAGAGCCCACUGAUGGACCUCCGCCCGUACGUCUACACGAAAAGGCUGAUCAAGGCCGGCGAGGAGUUGACGUUUUUCUACGAUAUGGCCGUCUACAAGGGCGCAGGCUCGUUGCCGGCAUGUUACUGUCGAGCCGAAGAUUGUAAAGGACAAAUGGGCAGGCAAAAGAAGGAAAAGGGUGAUGGGCGGGCCGGUUCUGAUGAUUCGGCCAGUCGAAGUUCAAGUGGGAAGAGGGAGGCCGGGGAGAUCGGUGUGAAAAAGGAGUCAUCAGCGGCGCGUCGGCGCCCGUUUAAGCGCGCUGAGGCAUCCAAUGAAAAUGAAAAUCCAGCCAGCAGCGCACCCGUUAAACUUUCGAAAGCUGCGCCAAAGAAACGAAAAUGGAGCUGCACCAGCAACGAAGCACUCCCCCUUCAGAACACCGUC